UAAUAACAAUAAUAUUUUAUUUUAUGUACUCAUGAUAUUUUUGUUCAAGAUUCCGUUGAGGAAUCUCGUUAAACGGUCAACCAACACACACUCGACAAGCAGCAGCAUCGGCUUAGAUUUUGAGAGCGUGCGAUGGGGUCGAGCGUCGGAAGUGAGCUGCACAACGUCUUCGUCUACGGCACCCUCUUAGCCGACGACGUAGUUCGCGUCCUCCUGAACCGCGUCCCCAAAUCCUCCGUCGCCAUCCUCAGUGGCUACCAUAGGUUUAGCAUUAAAGGACGACGUUAUCCUGCCAUUAUACCUGUUGAAAAUAGCAAAGUUACCGGAAAGGUUCUCUUGGGAAUGACAGAUCCUGAAUUAUAUAUUUUUGAUGAAUUUGAAGCUGUUGAGUAUGAAAGGAGCUUUGUUGAGGUCUCUUUGAUGGAAAAUUCUGACAAAUUACAUGCGUACGCUUAUGUCUGGGGCAACAAAAAUGAUCCAAACUUGUAUGGAGAUUGGAAUUUUGAGGAAUGGAGACGGGUUCAUGUGGAAGAUUAUAUCAAGAUGACCACAAGAUUCAUGGAAGAGCUUGAGCCAAAAAAACCCAAGAGUUGAAACUUAUGAAUCAUACCAUCAACAGCAUGAUAACAUCAUUCACCUUUUGCUCAACACGUAUAUUCCGAACCAUGUCUUACAUUAUGAUUGGGAUUUUUUAUUUUAUUUUAUUUUAUUUUAUUUUAUUUUUAACUAGCGCCCUUGUGCAUUUAAACAUCUUUAGUAAACUUAUAAUAAAAGAACACAUUGUGU